AUGGCGUUUCACAUCGAGAACAUUUUCAGUGUCAAAGACAAGGUUGUCGUUAUUACUGGCGGAGGUUCUGGCCUUGGAAAAGCACUUGCUGAAGGCUUUGCUCAAAAUGGCGCUAAGGUUUACAUCACUGAAUUCCAGGGGAUGUCGGGACAAAGGAUGGAUGUGCCCAACUGGUGGAACAGAUUGUACAGAGAGAGAAACAUCAAGAUCGAAGUUCUCAUCAACAAUGCUGGUCUCCCAGGAUCGAUCACCUAUCCUGCCUGGGAUCCUAAUGAUGCGGAUGCUGUCCAAGAGGGUCUGUGGAAAAGUCUCGAUGACGAUUCUUUCGCCAGCACAAACAGCGUCAACAUCAGCGGCGUCUACUUCACAACCGUGGGGUUUGUGCCACUUCUGCGCAAAUCUCCAAAUCCGAGUGUAAUUGUCAUUGCAUCCCUGGCAGCAGUCAUGAAUCAACGAGCCAUGGGAACUCUGGCCUAUGCCACUUCCAAGGCUGCGGCCUUGCAUUUGUCUAAGCUCCUCGCUGGCCGCUUUCAUCCAAUGAAAAUACGGGUCAACGCCGUCCUUCCAGGCAUCUUCCCGAGUGAGAUGACCACCACGAACAAGUCAAGCGCUUCUGCUUCUUUGAAUCACUUUGCCACCGCGGCGGCCAAGCGUUCCACAGCUGGACGCGCUGGACUUCCGGAGGAGAUUGUUGGGCCUUGCCUGAUGCUCUCCUCCAAGGCAGGCGGAUACAUGAACGGCGGCUGUAUCAUGGUAGAUGGGGGAAGAGCUAUGGGAGGAUCGAUCAAUGACGGCAUCCGUAUGCCCGAGGAUACGUACUUCUAUUAG